GGCAAAGCCUAUCAAUGUGAUGUGGUGAAUCAACUCACGACGAAUUUCUCUGGACUUAGUACGUUGAUGUUGGGUUAUUUUGAAACGCAAGGGUGUUAUUUAUAAAAAUUUAUUAACGUCCGAGUUUACUGAUAAAUUAGCAAUUGGUGAUAGAUCGUUUGUAGUAUUUUUCACUGAUUUUCUAUCAGCAUAAGCUAAAGUUGUUCAUACUUUUGUUUCAUGGUCUGUGGCCCGCGUGAUACAGAAGGCUGUGAGAAACAACGGUGGUGCUCGCACGCCAUUUUCUAUUUUUGCAUAGCAGUGAGUUGUAUGUGUACAUUUUGUGUGAUAAAUUGAAGAAUCAUUGUUAAUUAACGUUUAUUGCUAGGGAUGAAAUGAAUUUUGGAUAUUCAAGUGUAAUGUACGACGUGACCUUUUACUUAUUAUCCUUUCCUUGUGUAAAUUUUGAGUAGUACGUAAACAUUUUUUUUCGAAUCUGUGGUGGCCGACGACGAUCAUCGUAUAAUCGUAUCGUAUCGUAUGUGUUUGAACUGAAAAGCGACUGAUUAUCAAACUGUUAUUUACCAGAAUAAAAUAAAAAAAAAAAAAAAAGUAACGGGGUGAGACUCAACUCACGAGAACCAGUCUGUGAUAUUAAACAGUACUAAGACAUUAGGUGUAAUAUUAGUUGGUAGUAGAGCGUGACACUUGAAUAUUUAAGUUAUUAUAAAGAAAAAAAAGUGAGUUUAGUGUGUGUAAUCAAAAAGAGACUGAUUGGAAAAAAGUACGCUGAGCUCGAAAAAUGUCUUCGGAAUCGGUGUCAAGUGAUAAGCAGCAGCCAGACCCGAAGAUCGAAGGGGAUGAAGCGAUAAUAUCAAUGUCUGUGGCAGGUGAGGUGACCGACUCUUCCAUUGUGGAAGUUGGUAGGUCUCGGCCUCAGUUUCAGUAUACUCGGGAGGAACUGAUGGAAAUGAAAGCUCAACCUUUAUCUAAGCGUCGUCCAGAUUGCUUGGAUUCUGCAUAUAACAAUUCACGAGGGGUUUGGGAUCCUGAGCGCUGGCAUCUUGAUAGAAAACGUAGUGAAACUCCCCCGGAUGACGAAAGAAACGGUCGCGGGGAUCAAGUUAUCGAAAAUCAUAGCAAACGUCGUAGCGGUGAUUUUCGGGAACGGAUCCGGAAAGAGUCAGAUGGGAUAGUGCUCAGUCCUCAGCGUCGUAAUUUUAACUCUGGAUGCUUCGUUAAUGUGAGUCAACUUCCAGCUCGACGUCCAGAAAGUCCAAUCAGCAAACCAGAGGUUGGACAUCGAGAACCAGUGCGUCGCAUAGGUAGCGGUCGCAUAUUGACCCGUGACGUCUGGGACUUCAGACCUGAGAAUGAAAAGCUUGAACCAGAUCGCCCGGAGUUUGGCUUUAGGUUUGGGGCAACAGGCGGUGGGCCGAUGAGAGAUAGAGAUGGAAGAGAUACCCGUGAUGUAGGCCGAGAUCGUGAAGGUCUCAGAGAUAGAGAACGGGAACGUGAUUAUAUGAGAGAAAUAGAUGAGAGGUAUGAAAGACGUUCCUUUGGGAGAGACUUUGGUGAUCGGGAGAGAGACCGCGAUCGCGAUCGAAUGGAUCGAAAUGACAGGCAUGAUCGCAAUCAUCAAAUGGAUCGAGACAAGGAUCGUGGUCGUGAUAGGAGAUUUGGUAAUGAUCGCAGAAGGACGUAUAGCGAUAAUAGAGAAAUUGACGAACCUGAGUGGUUCAGUUCCGGGCCAACAUCCCAACACGAUACCAUAGAACUUCGUGGCUUUGAAGAUAUUCCUGAAGACAAAGCGUUAAACAAUAAUAACAUCAAAGGUAAAAAACAGUCACCGGCUCAGAAGAAAAGAGGCAAGAAGAAUCCCAUGGAAAAAGACGAAAAAUCAAGUGAGAACACGUCAGGGCCCAAGGGUCGCAGUACACCUACGCCCACCGAUCAACCAGCUAAUUUAGCUCCAGCUCCACAUUCACCGAUCUCUGAACAAAACGAGCCCGCAUCUCCCUCGUCGGAAAAGAAAUCAAAUGCAGAGGAAAAUUCAUUUACAACAUCAAAGACUACAUCAAAUGAAACCACUGCCAAUAAGCCCCAGAAUGAAAACCAGCCAGACUUCAAUCUUGAUGAUUUUCUGAAGUCCGAUUCUUUCCCUGGAGUUCAUGGUCUUCUAACUAACGGUGUCGGAGCAAGUGGGGGAACAGAAUCACGCUUUAGCCAAUGGUUUAAAAGGGAGAGUCCCGUUCAACAAAUGGACAGUCGACCUGCCUCCAUACAAGAUGAGCUGUUGAAUAACUUGCUCAACGAUAUUACCGAGCCAAAUAUCCAAAUCCCUUCUGUUACCGAAUCCAAUGCCUACUUUGCACCCAUAUCUCCUGCCAAUACAACAAACAACACCACUUCCACAACUGGCGUAAAACUCUUAGAAAUGUUACAACGUGGUAAUAAACCAAAUCAGAAUGGCCAAGGAGAUGCUACUAGUACUGUCGUACCAAUGAUGAAAAACUCAUCCAUCAAGGAAAUGGAGGUUGGUGGUAAAGUUGUGCACAGCUUAGAAGAAUUAGAAGCCCGUAUGAGAGGAGCACCAGCUCCUCCUCCCACUGCUGUUGAACCUCCAAAAAUAACGAAGACCGAUGAAGAUCUCUCUGCUUUCAAAAAGCUGCUUGCUCAAGUGACUGGGGGUCAAGCUGUUCCAGCAGCCAAUGGUCCGAUUGCUCAGAAAACUCAACCGAUCACGCUGAUGCAGCUAUUGAAUAAGACUCAACAACAUGUUGCUCAGCAGCAGCAACUGGCUGAGCAGAUGCAUCCACCAAAUUUCAAUCACGCAGGUCCACUUGGACCAACGCAACAUCCCCACCAGGCACAAAUGCAGCAUGAAAACUUGAUGAAAGUAUUGCAGAUUCAGCAACAACAACAGAAACAGAGACAGCAACAACCUCCGGAUAUGCUGUCUAUGAUGAUGGGACAACGUAUGAUGGGUGUCAGCCCUUUGCCUCCUGAAAUGCAGAUGAUGGUGAACAAUGCUCCGUCCAGUAGAGAGCUCUUGCAACGACCUGAAGCUCAAGCUAUUAUCCAAGGCUUACAACAAGGAGAAAUUACACAGCAACACCUCAUUCAGCAGUUGCAGAAUCCUGUGAUGCAGCAUCGUCAUCGUGAAGUAUUGGUCAACAUCCUUAAGAUGUAUGGUGGUGCCGCUCCACGCACGGUGAGUCCACAUCCAAGUGCGCCAACACCCCAAGACCACAUACUACAGCAGAUGCUCUAUCAGCAGCAACAACAACAACAACAACAGCAACAACAACAGCAGCAGCAACAACAACAGCAAAGAAUACCUUCGCCAAUGAACAAUGCUUACUGUCCUGCACCAAUAAUAUCACCAAACUUGGCUGUGAGCCCUAAUACUUUGACGGUACAACAUCCAGUAAUACCCCACCGAGUGCCAUCGCCACGUGAGCUGGUGAUGCACACGCAGUCAAUAAUCCAGAACGCAUUGAUCAAGAAGAAGUUAGAGGAACAACGGGAAAAUUUCCGUAAGCGACAGGAGCAACAACAGCAGCAGCAAUCUCAAAGGAUCGCUAGCCCCGUUAAUUCGCCAGCCAAACAGCAGCUGAGUCCAACUCCUCUGGCCUUCACACCCACCUCAGUUCUUCGUAAGAUGACUGCUGAAAAGGAACCCGAGGGCAGCGGUGAUCCAACGAAAAUGGGCAACCAGGUUCAGGUGUCACAUAUGCAACAAGUGCAGUCUGCGGUACAGCUGAUUGCACAAGGUGUGAUCUCACGGCAUAAUACACUGCGGCCACAGCCAGUACAGCCAUCGUGGUCUGGUCCGACGGUCAAACAACAUCCUGGACGGCCUAUAGUGAAAGGUGGUGGUGGAAAUCAAUUCCAGUAUAGCGGCAAUACUGAUUAUCAGCAACAGCAACAGCAACACCAACAACAGCAACAACAACAGCAGCAGCAGCAACAGCAACAACAGCAAAGAGUCGCGAUUGGAACAUAUGGAAAUUUGGCCCGAUCAAAACACACAAUGGCGUCGCCACUUUCUCAUGUUCCUAAUCCUCAGCAGUUCAAUCUUCCACCAAAUUCUAUUAUUGGCCAACGUUCGAAUUCUAUCAACAAUCAGCUCAAACCACAACAAGUCCAGCCUCACCUCUCCAACAUACAGCAACAGCGAACAGUUAAUCCUCAGCUGCAACAACUUGUUAUGAACCAGAACUAUAACGCUGCUCGUAAGGGUCUUUUUAUAGAUGGACGAGCAAUGCGACCACAGCCCAUAAAUAUGCCUGUGGGUCGACAGGCAUCUCCUGGUCUUGGAUUUAUAGGCAGUAAUGGCGGAGAUCUGUCGCCGACUUCAAAUCAAUUGGCACGGUGGUUUAGUCCAGAAUUGCUUGCGCAAGCUCGUGCCGGAAAACUACCAGAAUUGGGGCAAACUAACGUCUUGUCAUUGGAAGAGUUGGAAAGGCUUCAGCAUGCCUCUACGACUGUCCAUAACUAAUUGGAUCUUAAUAUUGGGAGAAAACAUUAACCAUACGUCCAGAUCCCAAUCAAAUGAUGUCCAUUUUCUUUUGGCAAUUCUCAGAGACAACUCGGAAUUAUUUAGUAUCUGGAUGAUACAAUUGCUGAAAGUAUAAUUACACGACAAAACGGAGAAUUUGAAGCUGGCUUCAAAGAAAUGUUAUAGUUGCCAAUAUACCUUGUAGAAGACAAGGUCCAAGAUGGUGAAAGUGUUUCAAUGGAAAAGCUUACAUACUAGAGUGGUGUUAUUCAAAUUAAACAGUUAAACCGAACACUAAAAGAAUUUUGCUAGCCCCAGAUUUAAAACAUUGCGCAGGGCCUGCAUGAUUUGUGUCAAUAAGUUACCAGCACCAUUGCAAAGUGAAAAAAAUGAUGUGUAACAUUAAUCGUUAUCAAUGACUGUUUAAACGGAUUUUAGGACAUAAUGCGUGACGAUGGUUAUUCGGUUAUUUAUCAGUUUGUUUAAAAAAAAGGCAAUUGAUUAGUGAUUGGAUACUCCAUUAGUUUGACUGACCAACGUGCUCCGUAUUCAGAACUCGGCUCUACUAGCUACACAUGACACGAGUAGAUUAUGUAUUAUAUUUUUUUUUCAUGCUAUUUGGAGGAGCUGAUGCAGCAAUAAGAAGAGAUAACUCCCGCUAUUUACAGGUACCAAAAAAAAAAUAACGCAGCAAGUAGUGAUCGUCAAUUGUACUCUGUUUAUUCCUGAAUACAUCUCUUUACAUGUCGUAAUACUUGGGAUUUUAUAAUGUAAUUGACGUUCAUGCAAACACAAAUGAACAAGCUAUGAAUCGUGAAUGUACGAUUUAUUUGCACAAAUUACAAAUAAAUUCUAUGAUCUAUCAGUUGUUUUGUUGUACGUAAUCGUAUAACGGACAACUAGUGACUCUUAUAAUCUGAUAUUCUUUGAUGGAACAAACUCUAAGAACAUACUUAUCGAUUCAUAUAUUCAUUUAUGCACACAUAUUUACAUAUGCAUAUACACGUAAUACAUAUUGCACAUAAAUUAAUAUAUGAUUUUGUAGAGAAAGGAGAAGAAAGUAUAAUCAAUGUCGAUAAAAGUUUGGCCAGAGUGGGAUAUUCUAGUAAUGUUAUUGAUCAGUUAUCAAUUACAAACACAUUCCGCCAAUGAUUAGAAAACGAUCAAAACCGCAACUUUUCAAACCUGGUUUAUUAUCAAUAUAUACCGUUUAGUUAUAAUUAGUUCAAUAAUUUAUUAUUCUCUUAUUGCAUUUUUCCUUACAACGAUAUUAAUGAUGCUUCAGAUGUAGCAUAGAUAAUAAUGAUGUCGCACAUCAUUUUUUCUUUAAUUUCUUGGCCUGUUUGUUUCGUUUAUCAUUUAUGGUAUAUACUAGAAUAAUCUCUAAUCUAUCUUAUAAACCACUGUCCAUACUUAUUUGCAUACCUUCAUUUCUAUCAUAUCAUACAUUAUUUAUUGAAUAUUAGAGAUUUCAUUAUCCAGUGAAGUUUUAAAUUCCAAGUUCUGAUGGCUUCUGUUCGGGUUCUGAUUAUUUCCCUUCAAGAUUCCAGACGCAAAUGUUUGGUUUAUUCUUUGAUCGACAGUUAUAGAAUAGGUAGUUGAUUGAAUAAAAACAAAUAAUUUUUUUUUUCUUACUAGUGUCCUGUUGUAUGAUUGUAAGGAUAAACGUAAUCUAGCCACAGUUUCAACAUUUUCUUAUUCCCCAAAUUAUGAUUCAACUUCUCGAUACAUAGGAAGUGUUUAUCAAAGUAUAAAUUGACCUAGUAUGCAAAUAUUUCAUGUAGAACCAUUGAAAGUGAUUUGGAGGAUUUUGUUAAAAUACUAAACAAUAUAUUCGCAUGUAUGUACUGGUUGCAUGAAGAUCUAAUAUGCCUCGGGUCGGUCAAUAAAACAACAUGAUUGAAAUACUGCAUUUUGCCAAAUUAUUAAAAAUACUUUCGGUAAAAAUGAAAAACUUAUCACACCAUUCUAGAGGAAUGAAUCUAAUUGAUCAAGCUGUUAAACUUGCGCUAUUUAGCUCCUGUGGAUAGUAGUCUCGAAUAAGUCCCAUAUUCAGUUCAUCAUACUUCCUUUCCUAGUACUUUUCUGCGUGAUCCUAUUUGUUUUGUUGCUCAAUAGUUGAAUGCUUGGCAACUAAGACACAGUCUAGUUUUAACUUGUUUAGUCGUUACAAGAGAGAAAGCGAGACUGAGUGUUUGUACGAAUGUUUUUAAGUUAUAAAAAUAGACGCUGGCAAUUGAAAAAAGAUGCUAAAUUACUUUAAUAAGGAAAGAAAAAAAACAUUGGAGCAAGUGUACAACCAAAACCGUUCAGUCAAAUGAAAUUACGAAGGCAAUUAUACUCGGACAUCACUUUUUUGUUGAUGCCCUUUUGUAAAACAUUCAUCAACAUAAUAUUUGCUACAUGGUCCAAUCAAUCUAAAAAAUAUAAUAUUGUCACUAAUACGGCAAAUAUCUCUGAAUUUCUUGGCAAGUAUUUCUAUAAAAACAUUACUUCAAUACCACUACAGAAUAUUUUAAUAACGUGUUUAGAAUAUCCUAUGCAACAAACUGAUAUGCCUGAUGUAAAAAUUGUUGUUAUUGGACAGUAUGGUCAUAGACAUUAAAAAAUUGUGUUCCUCCUAUGCUUUAAUAAAUUGAAUGCUUCUGUCAAAAAUACUGGUUUGAUAUUAAAAGAGAGAAAUUAAAAAAAUGAUGAUUGUAAAUUGACAACUCUAAAGAUUGAUCGACUUUUGUGGGCUCACACACCUAUGAUGGUCAGCUACCCUCUAGUAUUUUGGCCAAUAAAUGUAAUACAUAUAAGCAUCGUGUUUACAUCAUCGUUAACUUUUACCGUGUAGAAAUUCUAGCGAUAGAUUAUUGUGAUGUAAUUGUAUUAAUUGACACUUAGUGAUCAGCUGUUGGCAAUGUGCUUCAUUGAUAUAAGCAGAUGUGAGAAUAUCAGUAGCUGUAUCGUCAACAAUUUGUGAUCAUAAUUGCCCUGCGUAACGUUGAUUCCUCUCAAGAAGACUCCAGUCAGUUAUUAUCACUGUAAACUUACAUCCAAAUAUUACAAUGAGGGGCAGAAUGUACAUGAAAUAAUAGAAAUAGUUCAACUAAGAGAAUUUAUCUAAGAAAACAUUAUUACUACGCUAGUGAGUAGUAGAAAGUUGAAACAAUUUCGUUGCCAUCAAGCUUUCAGACUACAAACAAAAAAAUGAAAAGAAACAUACGAAAAUGAGAAAUGAGAUUCGCGGUUGUUUUCUCUGUGGCAAUGCUGUUACCCAAGUACAUCGAAAAUUAUAAAAAUUUCCAGGUGGACACAAAUGACAAAUAUAAACUUUUGUAAUCAUUAUGUAGUUAUCUAAUAUCUACACAACUUGGUUGAUCCGAAUAUGACAAGCUGUUAAAGACUGCUGCUUUAAUUGCUCAAACGGUGAGCAACUGUAAUGUAAAUUUUAGUAGUCAAGUCUGCUUAGGAACAAAAUACAGAAUUGAUUCUGCUUGGUACCAUUUAUGAAACAAAAAAAAAAUCAGUCUAAGGAUAUGUCUCAGGUGUCUAUGCACUAUGAACUUGUUUCCCAACUCAAAGUAUGUGUAAAUAGUUCGAUUUCCGAGGUAAGACAAAUUUAUUAGUGCAUGUACCAGAUGACUGUUAUGUAAAUAAAAUCAUUAAGCAUAAUGAUAUUAUGUCAAAUCGAUAAUCUUGUCACGAAUAAAUAUGCGAUAACUUAAUGCUCCCACAA